UAGUACAAAUAUACAAACAUGUCGCCUUUAUGGUGGUUUUGCUGUACAUUUGCCCUUUUGGCCAAUCUCGAUGUGUUCGUAGCAUCUCAAUGUCCAGGAUGGUACGAUAGUUCAGCUGGUUACCCAGGCUACCCACCUUAUCCUAUAGUGGUCAAAUCAAAAGAGAAGAACUCAUGGAAGCAUAUCCUCCCCAUCAUUCUGCUGAUGAUGACUGAUGGUGGAUUCGGAAACUCUUCUCCAGGGAACUUCAAUCCAGGACCCUGUUGUUGCAAUGGCUGCUGCUGCUGCAGUAAUGACAGCCCAAUUCCCAUACCCUUCCCCAUUCCAAUCGGCAUAAGUAGCCCUAUUGUUUGUUAAUAAACUUAUUUUGCCAUUA